UUUGAUCAAUCUUUUUCCAAUUUCUUGAAGCAUCGCUUCUUCGUCGUUCGUCACCACCGAGCUUUGUCCACAGAGAGGUUGAAGAAGCUUGAUUCGAUGAGAGGAAGGAGCUACACACCGUCACCACCAAGGGGUUAUGGGAGGAGGGGUCGAAGCCCAAGCCCUAGAGGCCGAUAUGGAGGUCGUAGCAGGGACCUCCCCACCAGUCUUUUGGUUCGCAAUCUACGCCAUGAUUGCAGGCAAGAAGAUCUCAGGAGGUCAUUUGAGCAGUUUGGUCCACUCAAAGACAUUUACUUGCCAAGGGAUUACUAUACUGGAGAUCCACGAGGGUUUGGAUUCGUUCAGUUUGAGGACCCUGCUGAUGCUGCUGACGCAAAAUAUCACAUGGAUGGGUAUCUUCUUCUUGGCCGGGAAUUGACUGUUGUGUUUGCAGAAGAGAACAGGAAGAAACCCACUGAAAUGAGGUUAAGGGAGCGUGGUGGAGGAAGUAGGAGCAGCAGAUUUCGGGAUAGAAGGCGUACUCCCCCUCGCUACUACUCUCGCUCCCGUUCUCCUCCCCCUCGACGUGCUAGAUCUCGGUCACGGAGCGGUGGCUAUUAUUCUCCCGCUAGGAGACAUCAUCCAAGGUCUAUCUCGCCCAGGGAAGAACGAUAUGAUGGGGGAAGAUCAUACUCUCGCUCACCAGCCUAUAAUGGCUCAAGGGGUCGCAGUGUAAGUCCAGCCAGAGGUAAGAGCCGCAGCAUAAGCCUCAGCCCUAGAAGAAGCAUAAGCCCCAGCCCUAGAAGAAGCAUAAGCCGUAGCCCAAGAAGAAGCAGGAGCCGGAGCCCGAGGAGAAAUAGGAGCUUGAGCCCAAAAAGAAGCAGAAGCAACACUCCUGACCCAGCCAGAAGCAGGAGCCAGAGCCCGCAUGGAGGGCUAGAUGAUGAAGAUCGUUCACCAAGCCAGUGAUUGAUUCUUCACUCUUAUGCUAGUCUUCUCUAGAUUAUGGCUGUCUUGCGUACCCUUAUUCUAAGACAAGGUUAAGAUGAUACCGAAAAGAUGAGAAUGUUAUGUAGGGUGGAAUUUGGUUUUUUAUGUUUUGAUCUAUGGAUGAUGUGGGGACAUGUUACUGUUACCCUUGAUCUAUGUUCUUUUAAGACAUAAUCUUGGGUUGUUAUGGAAAUUGCAACAUUGGUCCGUCAAGUCAACCAAAGUAAACCAUCAUAUAUAAAAAAAGCUUUUGUUUUGGUUA